UGAUACCUCAAGUACCAGUGAUGAAAGUUAAUCAUCUAAUAGCCGUUUCCGUCCGAUCUACGUGGUAAUUGAACAAAAGUGCGCGUCGCUAGGUUCGGCUGAUCGUCUCAUCGUCACGUGUCUCAAUUCAACGGGCUUCACACAAGUAUCAACUUCCCAAAUAGAGCAGUCACCCGAAAACCUCCAAGCGAUGAAGACAAUCAUCAUAAUCAUCUUCCUUCUAUCAGUGCUCCUAGUUCGAGCUGACGAUGAAAAUCGCGCAUACGCGGAAUUAUUUUACGGGCUUCGAGAUACAUCGCCUGUUCUCGAAAGCGUCCUUCAACGCAAGUGGGUAAACGACCUCAACCUGAACUUCAAACAUUCCUUAAUCAUCGGACCUAGUGCCUUCCAAAAUGUGAGUUCCGAGUUGAUCGCCUUGACCUUCACGAACAUCAGCAUCUUGUCGCUGGAAGGAGAGUCACUAGUUGGGCUGAAGGCAAAAACCCUCUACAUAAACAACGCAAGUAUCAACUUGACGGAGAAUUUGAUCGUACCAGGGACUCUGAAGGUUCUGACCCUGGACGCUUGCGAGACCCCCGAGGCCCCCAUGGGAAUCCCCCAUUUCUUUCCGGACCUCGAGGAGCUCCAUCUUUACGACAACAAUCUCCCCGUCAUCCGAUCGAAGGCCUUCGCGCCGAUGAAGAAUCUGAAAAGGCUUGGUCUGGUGUUCAACAAGAUCACCACCCUGGAGCCAGGUUGCUUCAACGGACUCCAUGAAUUGUUGGUCCUGAACCUAUCUAACAACAAGCUGACGUCCCUCCCGGCCGGAGUCUUCAAUGGACUAUCCAAAUUGAAGCAUCUCUACGUGGAUAACUGUGAGCAGCUCAAGCACAUCGACAUCAACGCCUUCCGAGGGAUGUCAUCACUUGGUGAACUGUGGCUGCAGAAUAAUGCCCUCGAGUCCCUGCAAGUCGGAAUGUUCGAUGAACUGCGGACACUGGCCGCUCUAUUACUAGAGUCCAAUAACAUAACUCAUAUUCCGAAGGGAGUCUUCGACAAAGUGAAGACCCUGCGAGUGAUCUCUUUGAAGAACACCAUGAUUUCGUCCAUCGAGCCUAACGCCUUUUCCGUUCUGAACCUGGAGUCGCUGGAUCUCAGCGGUGGUAUGCGGCGGAGGGUCCUGGAGAGCGGGAUCUUCACUGGCUUGACUGUUGAGGAUUUGCAUCUCCGGGGUAACGGCAUUCAGGAGAUAAAACCUCACGCCUGGGACGGUCUCUUUGCUGAGACGGUCAAUUUGAAUUCUAAUAAUUUAACGAAAAUUGUUCCUGAAUAUUUUGCUGGGCUUAAUACUUCGACGCUUUACUUGUUGGCGAAUGGAAUUACUGAAAUCACGCCGAAUGCCUUCAAGAACACUCAAGUUAAAGAGAUUGAUCUCAGGAAUAAUUCCAUUAAAACAGUUGAGAAAGCCACCUGGGGUCUUCCGGAAUCCGUCAGAAUUACAAUUGAAUAGUUUCGGUUUGAAGUGCUUGACUCUUGGGCAAUUGAACGAAAUAAGCUCAACUGUGUUGGAAUACAACGAUGAUCAGUACCUAGAACACAUCCACAUACUCAACGAUACUUACACACUGACAUGAUACUAAUGUAGACACUCACACUUAGCACCUGCCUCACCCAGAGACAUAAUUUAUCAGUUGGCCACAAUACAGUGUUCUGUGCAGACGUGCCGGAUUUAAGUUUA